CGCUAUAUAAACGGUUCCCCGCAUUUUUUGAAUCAUUGCAUGCAGUGCGUGAAAACUCGAGGUGAAAGCAAGCUUGCGAGAGAGCGAUUCUACUCGAAUUCAAUCUCCGAGAUCAAAUGGCAACUUUAGGUCCCAGGACAUGGUCCAAGAGAGACAACAAUAGAGGUCGUAACUAUGGUUUAUCAUUGCAGAAAAGGCAAGAAAUCAAAGCAGCUUUUGAGCUAUUUGAUACAGAUGGAUCUGGAACUAUUGACGCCAAAGAAUUAAAUAUUGCCAUGAGGGCCUUGGGAUUUGAAAUUUCAGAUGAGCAAAUUGAUGAGAUGAUUACUGAAGUGGACAAAGAUGGAAGUGGAACAAUUGAAUUUGAUGAAUUUCUAUGCAUGAUGACUGAAAAAAUCGAAGAAAGGGAAAUUCAGCAAGACCUACAGAAAGCUUUUCAAAUUAUUGAUUACGACAGUGAUGGUAAAAUUUCUGCGGCAGACAUUAUGAUCAUCUCAAAAGAGUUGGGUGAAAGCUUCACUUACGAAGAGAUUAUGGAAAUGAUAGAAGAAGCAGAUCAUGAUGGUGAUGGAGAUGUGAAUGAGCAAGAUUUCAUGACUAUGAUGAAAAGAACCAGCUACGGUUAUUGGUCUUCUGAAAUGAAGAGCAGGCUUUGAAAUUGCUGAUUUCUGAAAUGAACAAGCAGUGGAACGGUGCUGAGGUCAAAGAAAGUUUAUAUUUGUAAACGUCAAAUAUCUCUUUUUUUCUCUGUAGGCAUUCAAGUUAAGUUCUAUAACUACUAGUAUUUCUUUUUUUUUACAAACUUUUAUUGAUGUUUCAGUGAUGUUCUGAACCAAAUAUGCCUUAACGCUUUUACCACGUCGCGAAUGCACCGAUCCGUUUAUCUGCUAAAAAAAGGAGCUAAUAUA